CCAGAAUCGCCUGGGAUCACACGCAAUCGAUCCGGUUCGUGAAACUUCCUUAUUUUGUACUGUACUUACAGAAUUAUUUUCUUCAAGUAAAACUCGACAAACUCAACAUCUCUUUAGUAAAAUGACUAUCAGUAGUUUUCUACGGAUACGGCCUUCGUUGUCAAUAGUGAAAACCUUAGCCGAGAAUGCUAAGCAACCGUACUCCAGCCAGACGAUCCUUGGGGAGCACAGUGCGUUGGAGAAAAUUCGAAACAUUGGAAUAUCGGCUCACAUCGACAGCGGUAAAACUACGCUGACGGAACGAAUUUUGUUUUACACCGGUCGCAUCAAGCAGAUGCACGAAGUAAAGGGAAAGGAUAAUGUGGGCGCCACUAUGGAUUCCAUGGAGCUGGAACGACAGCGUGGGAUAACGAUCCAGUCGGCGGCAACGUACACACUGUGGAAGGAGCAUAACAUCAACAUUAUCGAUACGCCGGGGCACGUGGAUUUCACGGUUGAAGUCGAGCGUGCGCUGCGUGUGCUGGAUGGAGCGGUUUUGGUCCUCUGCAGCGUGGGAGGUGUUCAGAGUCAAACGUUGACUGUGAACCGACAGAUGAAGAGAUACAACGUGCCGUGUUUGGCUUUCAUUAACAAGCUGGAUCGAAUGGGUGCCAAUCCGUAUCGGGUUCUCGGUCAAUUGCGUGCCAAGCUGAACCACAAUGCGGCAUUUAUUCAGCUGCCGAUUGGGGUGGAGAGUGAAUGCAAGGGCAUAAUCGAUUUGGUUCAGCAGAAGGCCCUUUAUUUUGAAGACUCGUUAGGUUUGACCGUCCGUCAGGAUGAGAUUCCGACCGAUAUGCGCACUGAAUGUGACGAACGACGUCACGAAUUGAUUGAGCAUUUGUCCAACGCUGAUGAAACAAUUGGUGAGUUGUUCCUCGAGGAAAAAGUUCCUACGGAGCAGGACAUUAUGGGUGCGAUUCGCAGAACCACUCUGAAAAGGGCUUUCACUCCGGUACUCGUGGGAACGGCGUUGAAGAAUAAGGGAGUGCAACCAUUGCUGGAUGCAGUGCUGGACUAUUUGCCUCACCCGGGGGAGGUUGAGAAUAUAGCAUUGAUAGAAAAGAAGGGAAAGGAACCACAGAAGGUUAUUUUGAACCCGGCAAGAGAUGGAAAGAAUCCAUUCGUUGGUUUGGCAUUCAAGCUAGAGGCAGGAAGAUUCGGUCAGUUGACAUAUCUCCGCUGCUAUCAGGGAAUGCUGAAGAAAGGAGACAACAUUUACAACGUCCGGACGGGCAAAAAGGUUCGGCUGGCUCGCUUGGUGCGCCUGCACUCGAACAAUAUGGAAGAUGUUAAUGAGGUUUACGCUGGAGACAUUUUCGCCUUGUUUGGAAUCGAUUGUGCCAGCGGAGAUACGUUUGUGACGAAUCCCGAUUUGGAACUCUCCAUGGAGUCUAUAUAUGUGCCGGACCCCGUGGUAUCGAUGGCUAUCAAACCGAGCAAUAAUAAAGAUCGGGACAACUUCUCCAAGGCAAUCGCUCGGUUCACCAAAGAGGAUCCUACCUUCCGCUUUGCUUACGAUCAAGACAUCAAGGAAACGUUGGUUUCCGGGAUGGGUGAGCUUCAUUUGGAAAUUUACGCCCAGCGAAUGGAGCGGGAAUAUAAUUGUCCAGUAACCUUGGGAAAACCGAAGGUUGCGUUCCGUGAAACACUUGUCGCGCCAUGCGAGUUUGAUUACCUGCAUAAAAAGCAGUCCGGUGGUCAAGGUCAAUACGCUCGGGUUACGGGUGUGCUAGAGCCACUCCCUGCACAUCAAAAUACUGUUCUUGAAUUCACCGAUGAAACCGUUGGAACCAAUGUUCCCAAGCAGUAUGUUCCCUCUGUUGAGAAAGGCUUUCGCCAAAUGGGUGAAAAGGGUCUGCUUUCGGGUCACAAGUUGUCCGGCAUAAAGUUCCGUCUCAUCGAUGGUGCUCACCACAUUGUGGACUCGUCCGAUUUGGCGUUCAUGUUGGCCGCCCAGGGGGCGAUAAAGGAUGUUUUCGAAAAUGGAUCCUGGCAAAUACUGGAACCAAUCAUGAUGGUGGAGGUUACAGUGCCUGAAGAAUACCAGGGAACUGUUAUUGGACAGCUCAAUAAACGACACGGUAUCAUUAUGGGCACGGAGGGAACCGAGGGUUGGUUCACGAUCUAUGCGGAGGUUCCACUGAACGAUAUGUUCGGAUAUGCCGGGGAGCUACGCUCGAGCACGCAGGGCAAAGGUGAAUUCAGUAUGGAGUACUGUCGGUAUUCACCUUGCAAGCCCGAUAUGCAAGAGAAGCUCAUGCAGGAUUAUCAGAUUUCACAGGGAAUCGUUGUGGACAAGAAGCAAAAGAAGAAGAAUUAGGACAAGAUAGGGUACUAAGGAGGUAUGGUUCAUGAAUCUGUAUAUAUUAGGAUAAAUUGUACUUGAUAAGUAUUCGAAUAAAAUAAUCCCGACUUACUAACGUU